AUGAAAGCUGACUAUUUGAUCUAUGUUGGAACUGGUGAUAAGAAAAAUGCAGGUACUGACGCCAAUGUUAAAAUUAUUCUUGAGGACGAAGAAGGACAGAGGACUGGUGAAAUUGAAUUGGACAAUUUCCUGAAAAAUGAUUUUGAAGCUGGAAAACUAGAUGUGUUUCCUGUGGAUAAAAUAGUAAAUCUUCGACUGGGAAAUAUUGCGAAGAUAGAAUUUUGGCGGGACAAUUCUGGUGCUGGAAGUCACUGGUUUGUGGACAGGAUUCUAGUGGAGAACAGAUUAGUCAAUACGACAUUUGCGUUCCCUGUUUUUCGUUGGAUUCAACCAAACAGGCAUUACAUUAUUAACCACUUGGAUACAUCCUUACCUCAAUUUGACACAUACCGAGAACAGCGGGCCUUUGAAUUGGCCGAGAAGAAGAAGGCGUAUGAGUAUACACAGAAAGCUCCUGGAAUGCCGGUUCAGUGGGAUCUGUUAAAGAGUAAAAUUAACCUGAAAGCCAAAAGUAAAUUUGUGGCAUUGACCUCUGGGCGCUGGAAUACACUGGACGAUCUAAUCAAUGUGUAUGAUAAAAAUGAUUUCCCUCCGCCGAAGCAUGCUAAUGGAUGGAAGGACGAUGUAUAUUUUGGCAAUCAGAGACUGGCCAGCCAAAACAGUACUUUAAUCAAAUUAUGCACAUCAAUUCCAGAAAAAUUGGCUGUAACAGAAGACAUGUUAAAACCUUUGCUUGAGGGAAACAGUCUUCAGUCUUUGAUAGAUGAUAAACGUUUAUUUAUAGUAGACCUUGAUAUUCUUGAGGAUUUAGACUGUAAAGAUGGAGCCAUUAUGUGUAGCCCAAUAGCUCUUUUUAUGGUAGAUAACAAGAAACAACUGAGACCAAUAGCCAUACAGCUAUUUCAACAGCCUGGUACAGAUAACCCGGUAUUUCUACCAACUGAUGAUCCUAAUUUAUGGAUUGUAGUAAAGAUGUGGUUUAAUAAUGCAGAUAGCACUUACCAUCAAUCACUAACUCAUCUUGGGUAUACUCAUUUAAUAAUGGAAGGUAUUUGUAUCUGUGGAAAUAGAAACUUGUCCUUGUCACACCCCAUAUUUAAACUUUUGGCUCCACAUUUUCUCUUCUUGAUUGCAAUAAAUAAUCGUGCGUUACAAUUGCUGGUCUCCGUGGGAGGUUGGGUUGAUAAGACUAUGAAUUGUGGAGCUAAAGGUUUAGUUAAUCUUAUGACUAAAGGUGUGAAAAAUUGGUCCAUGGUAAUUGAUGGAAAUCUUAAAGAAGAUCUGAAAAAGAGAGGUGUAGAUGAUCCAAAUGUUCUACCAGGCUAUCACUACAGAGAUGAUGCCUUACUCCUUUACGAUGCAAUACAAAAUUACACAUCCAAAUAUGUAGAUUUAUACUAUGACUCAGAAGAGACGAUUGCUGGUGACGAUGAACUGCAAAGCUUUGCUAAAGAAAUGGCCUUAGAAAUAGAAAAAGGUGGUGGUGUGCCUAAUAAUGGUGUGCUGAAAACUAAGAAAGAUAUAGUAGAUGUGGUGUCGUGUGUUAUAUAUACAUGUAGCGUCUCUCAUGCUGCUGCCAACUUUCCACAAUAUCAUUUUUAUUCCUUUCCGCCUAAUUGUCCUGUUACUAUGAAUGGCACACCACCAAAAACUAAGGAUCCGGUUGAUGCUGAUUUUAUGUUGAAGACACAAGCCGACAAAGAUAUUACACUAGAUAUCAUGAUUGUUACUAAACUUUUGAGUAAUAGGGGUACUCAGAGUUUGGGUGAUUUCGAGGUGCAAUACAUAUUCGACCCAAAUGCAUUAAAACUGGUUUCCGAAUUUCGACAAGAAUUGAAGAAAAUCAGUCAGACGAUCAAAGAUAGAAAUAAAACCAGAGAGUUUAAAUAUGAUUACCUUGAUCCAGAAUCUAUUCCAAAUUCCAUUGGUAUUUAA